AUGAACACUGAUGGACUCAAAUUGGCAAAUGUGAGCACUUUGAAUUCUUCUCUGGAUUUAAGAGUACACAUUAGCGGACUUGUUUGGUGCAAAGGAUUUGUGCUGGAAAUAUUUGCCCUUCCUUCCCAAUUUUAUUUGGUCACCUCUGAGAAACAUUACAACCUACUAGUCCACACUUUUAACGGCAGAAGUGGAAAAGUUGGGAACCCUAAACCUCUCUUUGACUGGACACAACAACAUAUGACAGGAUCUCCGCGCCGCCUGAUAGUUGAUAAUAAUGGUCAUCUCUGGAUGGCUCUUGAUGGAGGUCACGGAGUCAUUCAAGUUGAUCCAAAUAGUAAACUAAUGAAACAAUUUAUUGGCAUGCCUGCAGAGAGACAUAAUAGACAACAUCCACAACAAGAUAAAAGUGGUUCAAUUUUUGCCCUCAGAGGCCUUGGCGUGCACGGGAAACCGCCAGGAGAAUACAAAUUGAAUACAGUCAUUAUCAAUGCAAAAUUACCAGAACAUCUCUAA